UUUGGUAUGCAGAACAGACAAUGGCAGAAGAAAAAAAGUGGACACACGAGCGGAAGAAAUUAUUAAUAACAACAAGGCUUCGCCAUGAAGCAGAAUUUUCCGGCAAAAAAAGAAAGAGAAAUACAAUUUGGGAAUCGAUUUUAAGGGAAAUGAGGGACGUUGAGAGCUCGUUUCCAUUUUCAAGAGAUGAAAUAACGAGGUGUUUUCUCAACAUAAUGGGGACUUAUAAGCGUAUAAAGAAAAGAAACAGUACUUCUGGCGAAGCAGCAUCAAAUUGGGAAUAUUUUAGUGAAAUCGAUGAAGUGUUUGGGAGUCUUUCUAGUAUUGAAGUGCCAUUAGAAAUGACCGAGUAUUCUAUAAUUUCAUUGGAAAGUCCUUCCACCGCAGCAACAAUUGACGGAAUGGAUGUAACACCUACAACAUCAGUUAAAAGAAAGAGAAAAGACGUAAUCGAAUUCUUAGAGAAAGAAUCCGAAAAGGAAAACGAAGCUAUAAAUAAGCUUAUAAAAAUAGAAAGUGAAAGACUUGAAGUUGAAAAAGAAAAACUUAAAGAAUUAAAGCAACUACGGGCUUUAUUUGAAAACCCAGGAUAG